AUGACAAAGCGAAUCAAAUCACGUCCUGAAGACGAUGGCUCUCCCUCUCACUACCAUUUCCACGGUUCGAUCACCAACUUGUUCCUGAACAGCAACGUCAAUGGGCUGAACCAACCGCCUGCUACAUCAACACGCGAGGAGGAAGUUCAGCCAGCAAGAGAAGAGCUCAGAGAAGGUCUUGAUAUCUCCUUGAAGCGGUCCUGUGACGAUGCUGGCAUUGACGAUGAUAUUCUAGCAAUGGACAAUGGACCUGCAGCCAACGAGGCAGAUAAUCAAGCUGAAGAUGAGAUGAGUGCCGCUGGUGAAGACGAAAUGAAUGAAGCUCUUUCCACCUUUGCUAGAAGACUCGCAAAACAACGUGCUGAUGGUGAUGAACCUCAUGACAUGACGAGAUCACCAGUGAUAUGUACAGUUCCACGAGGAGGGGACACCUAUCUUCUCAAACUCCCAUAUCCACGGAUUGCGCCGAACCCGCCUGUGAUGAGUGAAUACGCCAAUAAUCUGCAUAUCCUCAAAAACAUUCUACAAACGGAUCAGUUGACCACCCUCGGUUUCCGACUAAGUGAAGGCUCUGUGGUCGACUUGGUGUCUAACCAUCUCGAGUGUUUGCUGCCUGAAAGAGUCUACACCGAAGCCUUACUAGCCGCAAUGUUGGAGGUUCUUUCAACGCCGAAGAAUCUGUUCGUUCUGGCUGGUUGGGAAGUCAGCUGGAAGCACUUGUCCAGCGACACCGAACGCGUCUGGUUCGUCCAGUACCGCCAGAAGCGUUGGACUGCCCUUUGCAUGCUGCUGCAAGAGCGCAAGUCAGGCAAUAAAAGACUUCAAUUCGCAUUAUACGACCCGGAGAAUGCGUUCGCCGACGAACCUUCGGCAUUCGCUGCCAGCAAAGCAAUGAGUGAACUGCGCGAUCAUGCAAAGUGGUCCGAGCUGACUCGCUGGCAUGAGAUCCAGCACAUCGGUACCGUCCAACAGGUUGAAUGCCCUGCACCGGAUGAAGAUAAUUGUUCAGGCCCAAGGGUGUUGCACUACCUUCUCGAGUCUCGUCCAAUGGCUCUAUCGCCACGUCAACCGCCAACUCACUGGCUUCGUGCAGAGCAUUUUGCAUUGCUGCAUGGGAUUCUAAGCGGAGAUGGAGCAUCUGAGAUCGUACUCUGA